AUGCUAGGCUCGGGUCAAAAAAUAGAGAAUAAAGCUGAUGACAGCAAAAAAAAAAGUAAAAAGCCUCUGAAUCCUGACUGGCCAAAGUUUCAAGGUAAAAUUUCCAUUCCUGAUAAGGUGUUUAAUAAUGCCAAUAUCAAGCCUGGCCUUUACUCGGAAGAGGAUAGAAUUAAUGACAACCAAGAACUUGCAGAUUAUAAAUCAAGUCAAACUCUUAAUAUAUAUCCUAAGGCCUCAACGGAUCGGAUUGAAAAUAUCUCAAGGUCAAUUCCUACCUUACAAAAUAAAGCAAAAGUUAUUCCUCAAUUUGAAGAAAGAAAAAACAUAUCCCAAGCUAUGAAUAAUCACCCAAAGCCCCCAAAAAUGAUUGAUGCACAAAGAUUUAGACCUCAAUCUGCUUCUACCAAUGCCACUUCAAACAAUUUUGAAAGAAUAAUUGACUCAAUUACUAGCUCCAUCUCUUUAAAUUAGAAAAAAUAAUGAUAAAAUUUCCAAUUUUGGUAAAUUAAAAUAACAAUUUCAAUGCAAUCGCUUGAUACCAAUUUAGUGCUAUAAUUUAUGCACCAUACUAUAUCGCUAUACUCCAGGAAGAAAAAAUAUGGUCCAGGAUAUAUUUGCCUUAUCCAGUCUAAGUCUGAUUAGAAAUCUUAAAAACCAUAAAUGGAAAUUUUCUAGUUUCAAAAAAACUGUCAAGUAUCAAAAAUUGAAAUGGAUAAUCAAUAAUGAUCUAAAAAUUUCAGGAGCUCUAAAAUUUACCUAUAAAUAGCUUUAUUUUAAACUUUUGAGGGCAAUAAAUACUAUUUAGCAAGCCAACACACUUUAGAUCGAUAAAUAUUUUAUUAUGCUUAUUAUAAAAAUUUCAUGUAUUUUUUUGAAAAAAAUAACAAGAUUCACUAUAGGGAUAGGGAAGUAAACAAAAGCAACUUAUAUUAGACAGUACUAAAUACUCAAUUGAAAGCUUAAUAAUAAAUGCAAUAGAACAAGUCAAAAUACUUUGCGAUGUCAAUUCUAAAUGCUAUAAUGAAAUUCAACAUUGUGAUAGCUCAAUGGAUGAAACAUGCGGUGAUUUGUACUCUUUAUUAGAUUAUACAAAAAAUUUCUUUUCCAAAACAAUUAAUAGAGAUCUUGUUGGAAAUUUAAGGGAACUUGACUUUGUAAAGCAAGGAGCUAAUGGCCUCAAUUCUUUAGUUUUGAAUCGAGAGAAUUCAGUAAUAGAAGAGAAAAAUAAGAAUAAGUGAAAUGAAUGCGCCCUUGUAAACAAUUUUCUUUCUAAGUCUGGCGAAAGCCUUUUAAUAGUAGCCAGCGGCCCCAAAAUAAUACUAUAUAGCCCAUUAAUUGGUGAAAAAAGGACAUUAAAUUGCGUUCAAGAUCUAAAAGGUGCUGCAUUCCUCUGGUCAAGUAACAAACAUAUAAUUGUAACUGGAGGGCUUGCAAGAAUGAGUAUAGAAAUCGACGUUAGUAAUGGCUUUAUCCAAAAUCUACCAAAGCCAAAACCUAUUCGCUUGCAUUGUAUGGCUUUAAUCAACGAAAUGCCAGCUAUAAUUGGCGGCCUAGAAAAAUCACCAGUUGAUAAAGUUUACACACUUGAUGGUGCAAAGUGAACUCUCUCUUCAGUUUUGAAUUAUCCAAGAUCUCAUUCAACCUGCAUUAAUGUAGGUGAAUUAGUCUAUGUGUUUGGAGGAGUUUCUGAAGGAGCAAUAUUAAAAAGUAUUGAACUAUGAGAUGGAGAAUGAAAAUUGCUAGGUGUUCAGCUUCCUGAAAGCAGAAGCAAUAUGGGGGUUUGCGUUGUAAAAAAUGAAAUAUUACUGUUUGGGGGAAACUGUGGAGCAGGGAUAAAAACUUCAUUUAAUGUGUGAAGCUAUGACUUAAAGAAUAACAGAAUAAGAAUACUAGAUGACCUAAGCGUAUCUUUUAGCUCAAAGAAUGGAAAUGAAUGUGCUUUAGCAAAUAAUCAAGUACAUUUAGGGGUAUCUGAAGACGUGGCUAUUAUGUAUAAAGUGCCUGAAAAUAUUGGAGAGCUUUCAUCAGUUGGAUCAGAGGAAGAUUCAUAUGAAUCUUCUUUUGAAGAUAAAGACAUGCUAGAUAGAAUAGAAUUUAAUGAAUAA